AAAUAAAUUCUUUCAAAUAGAAAUGCUAUGGGUUCAAAGAAUAAACAACUUCCACCGCCAACGCCAUUUAAUUUCCAAAAAUUAUCCGAAUGGCCAGAAUGGCUGAAGACGUUCGAAAAAUACCGAACUUUCAACAACCUCGAUGGCGAAGACGACGAUUUUCAGAUUGCUGUAUUUCUGUAUACAAUGGGGGACAUGGCAGCGGACAUUUUUCGAAGUUUUCGGUUCAGAGAAGAYGAAGAAAAGAGCUAUUUUAACGUGAAGAUAAAAUUUCAAGAAUUCUUUGCAARUCAGAUGGAACCCGAGAAACCGCCAGAUAUUACAAAAUGAACAAAACGAAGAGUGCUGUGGCCGUUCAAUUCGUUGUGCCGACUUGAAAUUUAACUCGAAAAAGAAAAAAAAAACUGUUUUUAUUUAUUUUUCAAGA